AUGGCCACAGACCACCAGAACCCUGCAUCCAAGCAGCAGCAGCCAGGCACCAGUGCAUUUAAGCUGGUUAUCUAUGAGCAGGAAAACUUCCAGGGACGCUGCCAUGAGCUGACUGGCCCCUGCAACAACCUCCAGGAAGCAGGCGUGGAGAAAGUGGGCUCCAUACUGGUGCUGUGUGGACCAUGGGUGGGAUACGAGCAGGCCAGCUGUAAGGGGGAGCAGUAUGUGUUUGAGAAGGGGGAGUAUCCUCGCUGGGAUUCCUGGACCAACAGCAGGCGCAGUGACACCAUUGUUGCAUUCCGCCCGAUUAAAGUGGACAGCCAGGAGCACAAGAUUGUCCUUUACGAAAACCCCAGCUUUGCAGGGAAGAAGAUAGAAAUCAUAGAUGACGAUGUCCCCAGCUUUCACGCACACGGCUACCAGGAGAAGGUUUCUUCUGUUCGGGUUCAGAGUGGCACUUGGGUGGGCUAUCAGUAUCCAGGCUACAGAGGCUAUCAGUACCUGUUUGAAAAGGGGGAGUAUAAGGACAGCGUUGAGUUCGGAGCCCAGAUUCCUCAGAUCCAGUCGGUGAGGCGCAUCAGAGACAUGCAGUGGCAUCAGAGGGGCGCUUUUCACCCCGUCAACUAAGCUUGUGACUCUUCCCUGUCAUGAACCCUGACCUCGGCCGCCUUACUCCCCGCCAGCAGCAAACCCUUUGCCCUUCAUGUACACCACAAAGCAUUUUGAUAUCUAUUGCAGCUGUUGC